GAUAAUCGAGAUCGACACACACACGCAAUCUUAAUUAACAGUUGAUAUAUAUGUUGGGUGAGAGAGUGGAGGAAGGAAACCAGAUGAUCAAAGGGAGAGUGGUGUUGAUAAAGAAGAAUUUGUUGGAUUUGAAUGACUUAGGUGCAUCGGCUCUUGAUCGAAUCCAUGAGUUGUUCGGCAAUAACAUCUCUCUCCAACUCAUUAGCGUAGUUCGACCCGAAGACGAAUCAUCAGAAGGAAGGUUGAGAGGAAAGCUUGGAAAAGCAGCCAUAGUGGAAGACUGGAUUACAACCAUUACACCUCUGAUAGUUGAGGAAUCAACUUAUGCAGUUACAUUUGAAUGGAAUGAGGAGAUAGGAAUUCCAGGGGCAUUUCUGGUCAAAAAUGAUCAUCACAGUGAGUUUUACCUCAAGACCCUUACUCUUGAAGAUGUUCCUGGCCAUGGUCAACUCCAUUUUGACUGUAACUCAUGGGUUUAUCCAUCCAAACGUUACACAAAAGACCGUAUUUUCUUCGCCAACAAGGCAUAUCUGCCUGGUGAAACUCCUGAAUUACUACGUCAGUAUAGAGAAGAAGAAUUGGUCAUCUUGAGAGGUACCGGAUCCGGGAUGCUCCAAGAAUGGGAUCGGGUUUAUGAUUAUGCAUUCUACAAUGAUUUGGGGAACCCCGAUGACGAUAUAGAAUAUGCCCGACCAGUCCUCGGAGGGUCUUCUGAGUACCCGUAUCCUCGUAGAGGGAGAACAGGCAGACCACCAACCAAAUCAGAUCCCAAAACUGAGAGCAGGCUUCCAUUGCUACAGAGUUUAAGUGUAUAUGUUCCAAAAGAUGAGCAAUUUGGACAUUUGAAGCUGUCUGGUUUCCUUGGUUAUGGAUUGAAAUCCAUUGGUCAAUUUCUUGUCUCUGAGGGUGAGGCUCUAACAGACACUACUACCCAUGAUGAAUUUGAUACCUUUCAAGAUGUGUUGAAGACUUAUGAAGGAGGAUUAAAGCUGCCUCAAGGCAAACUACUUGAUCAAAUUCAAGAAAACAUCCCUUUUGAGAUAUUGAAAGCACUUUCUCAAUCAGAUGGUGAGGGACUUGCCAAAUUCCCCAUGCCACAAGUUAUCAAAGAGGACAAAUCUGCUUGGAGGACCGAUGAAGAAUUUGCAAGGGAAAUGUUGGCUGGAGUCAACCCCGUUAGCAUUCGUCUACUCAAAGAGUUUCCUCCAACAAGCAAGUUAGACUUUGAAAUCUAUGGUAACCAAAACAGUUCCAUAAAACCUUCACACAUUGAGCAAAAUCUUGAUGGUUUAGAAAUAGAGGAGGCAAUCAAGUCGAGCAGACUAUUUAUACUCGACCACCAUGAUUCACUGAUGCCAUACGUGAGGCGAAUAAAUGCAACACCCACCAAGAUUUACGCAACACGAACAUUGCUAUUUUUGCAAAAAGACGGAACUCUAAAACCAUUGGCAAUUGAAUUGAGCUUGCCUCAUCCCGAAGGAGAUCAACUGGGCGCCAUUAGUAAAGUGUACACUCCAGCUGAACACGGAGUUGAAGAGUCCGUUUGGCAGUUGGCCAAAGCAUAUGUAGCGGUGAAUGACUCUGGGGUCCAUCAGCUCAUUAGUCACUGGUUGAAUACGCAUGCUGUUAUCGAGCCGUUUGUGAUUGCAACAAAUCGGCAACUAAGUGUUCUCCACCCGAUCCAUAAACUUCUCCAACCUCAUUUUCGUGAUACAAUGAACAUAAACGCCUUUGCAAGGCAAAUCUUGAUCGACGGUGGAGGUUUUCUCGAGCAAACAGUGUUCCCAGGGAGAUAUGCAAUGGAAAUGUCGUCUUUCAUAUACAAGGAUUGGGUGUUAACCGACCAAGCACUCCCUGUUGAUCUUGUCAAGAGGGGAAUGGCGAUUGAGGACUCGAAUUCCACAAAUGGAAUCCGUUUAACGGUUGAGGAUUACCCAUAUGCUGUUGACGGUCUAGAGAUUUGGUCAGCCAUCAAAACAUGGGUUGAGGACUACUGUAGCUUCUACUACAAAAACGACAAUAUGGUUCAAAACGACACUGAACUCCAAUCAUGGUGGAAGGAACUUCGAGAAGAAGGACAUGGGGACAAGAAAGACGAGCCAUGGUGGCCAAAAAUGGAUUCUUGCCAUAACUUAAUGGAUAUGUGCACUACAAUCAUAUGGGUGGCUUCUGCUCUUCAUGCAUCAGUCAAUUUCGGGCAAUACGCGUAUGCCGGGUAUCUCCCUAAUCGUCCAACUCUAAGUCGUCGUCUUAUGCCUGAACCAAACACCCCAGAGUAUGAAGAACUUAAAGAGAAUCCAGAUAAUGUGUUCUUGAAAACAAUCACUGCUCAAUUGCAAGCACUAAUUGGUGUAUCUUUGAUAGAGUUGUUAUCUAGGCAUCCUUCAGAUGAGGUUUAUCUUGGGCAAAGAGAAAGUUCGGAGUGGACGAUGGAUUCCGAACCUUUGAAGGCGUUUGAGAAAUUCGGCAAGAAGAUUAGAGACAUCGAGGGGAGAAUUGUACAGAGGAAUGGUGACCAUAAUUUGAAAAAUAGGAUGGGACCGGUUAAAGUACCAUAUACCCUUUUGUAUCCAACCAGCGAAAAGGGACUUACCGGAAAGGGAAUUCCAAACAGUGUGUCGAUAUGAAGGCACUUCAAUCAUCGUAUAAACCAAACCAAACCAACUCAACUCAGUAUAUACUAUUCAAAAGUACAGUACGAAAUAAAUGGGAUAUAUGCCAACCCACCUAUCUCAAUUUGCGUAAAAUAAUGAUUUGUUUAUUGUAAAUUUGUCUUGUUUUCUUUUCUAAUAAAAGUGGCAGCCUUCACCAUGGGA